CCCCGCCACAAUCGCAAGCCUGCACAAGCCCCUCGACCCCGCCCACGGCCUCGCGCACCCCCCGCCCUGGCCCCCAGGCACCAAGUCCGCGCACGCCUACCAUGGCGGCCCAACCGCCGCCCACGCCCGCCUCGACCACCUCCUCGCCUCCGGCGCCAUGUCGCACUACAAGGCGACGCGCAACGGGCUGCUGGGCGCCGACUUCAGCACAAAGCUAGCCGCGUGGCUGGCGCUGGGCUGCCUCACCGCAAGACAGGUCCACGCUGCUAUGCAAGCGUUCGAAGACGGUGCGGCCUCGUCCCCCGCCGCAUGGAAAUCGGCCCCCGGCUUUGGCGAGGGUGAGAACGAAGGCACGGGCGCGGUGCGCUUCGAGCUGCUGUGGCGCGACUACAUGCGCCUGUGCACGCGCAAGUUCGGCGCCCGCCUCUUCCACGCCCACGGCUUCCGCGGCGCGGGGCAGAAGCAGCAAUGGCGGUACCUGAACGGGGGGACGGGGGGCGUCGGUGUUCGCGGCACGCCCGCCGCCGCCGAAGCAGCCGCCCGCACCCGCGCAGCCGUCGACCGCUUCCUCGCCGGCCGCACGGGGAUCGGCCUCAUCGACGCCUCGCAGCGCGAGCUCUUCCUCACGGGGUACACGUCCAACCGGGCGCGCCAAAACGUGGCUUCCUUCCUCAGCGCACACCUCGGCAUCGACUGGCGCGUCGGCGCCGAGUGGUACGAGACCAUGCUGACCGACUACGACGUCAGCAACAACUGGGGCAACUGGCAGUACGUGGCGGGCGUGGGCAACGACCCGCGCCUUGGCCGCAAGUUCAACCCCGUCAAGCAGGCGCUCGAGUACGAUGACGGUGGCAGGUACGUCAAGGCGUGGGUAGAGGAGCUGCGGGACGUCGAUGUCGAUGGCGCGCAGAGUGGGGGGAGGAGGGGCGAGGAACGCUUGAUGGGCCUGUUUCAGGCGUGGAGACUGCCGGAGGGGGAGAAAGUGAGACUGGGGCUGAAGGGCGUGGAGUGGGUGGAGCGGCCGCUCGAGAGGGUGGGUCGGCUACGGCCGGCGAGGGCAAGAAGGGCGCGGGUCGUUGGCGUGGCGGUGGUGGCAGUGGUGGCACCAGAGGCGAAGGCCGGCCGCGCCGCUUAGGCCAGAUGGAGAAGGCUGCGCGCCCGGAUGGCGAUUCGGCUGUUGGGCGGGAUUUAUGAUGGUUGGAAUAUUCCUGGGUUGGGCUGGGUGGUUUGCUCUGCUUCCCCUGCGGUGCGUUGCGGUGAGUACAGUACAG